AAAUCCCAAAUAUGAAUACAAGCGAGGAAGCUACAAAGAAUGUACAGUUUCAAGAGAAGUCUAGUCAGCCGCCAGCUAGUGGGCUUAAACCCACAAUUGAGCAAGCUUUCAAACAACCUGAGAAGAGCCAGUCCAAAAUUUUAGAUGAAUUAGAGUUCUUAGAGACCCGAACAAAGACGAAGAGGAAGGAAGAACGAAGAAUGAAAGGUAUCAUCAGGUCUAAGCGAUCAAGAGAAACUAAGAAACAGUAUAUCGUCAGUCUUGAGGCGAAAGUAAAAGAGCUCGAAGAAGAAAAUUUCAGACUCCAAAAUAUCUUAAUAAACUACAGAUCGGAUAAACUCAAUGAUAUUGAUAGGAAAGCAAAAUAAGUUGAUUGAUAAAAUUCAAUCGGUAAAGCAUGAGACAAUCGAAAGAUACUAUGAUCCUAAAACUAAGAAAUGUAAAGACGACUUUCCUCAUGAUCUUUCAAAGAAUUUUUCAUUAUGAAUGUAUAAGAACUUAGAAACUCAUAAAGAGUUCUUAGAUAGAACCUUCGAAUGCUUGAUCAACAGCUACAACUGUAAUUGGAAGCCUGAAUUCAUAGGAGACCUAACAGCUUCUUACACAACUCCUUACAAAAUUAUCCAAAAAUAUGCUAAACUCCUGAAAUCUCCUUGUGAAGAGAAAUCAAUGUAUCAAAAGUCUGAACUGAUCAAAACCCACAAACUCACAAAGGCGGAUGAGUUCAUGGCUUCUAUGGAUCCAACGCCAUUACAGUACACUUAUGGUCUCUCACUCUUCAAGAAGUACUACGAUCUUAAGUGAAAAUACAGCUGUGCUAUUGAACAUCUCUGUAAAGCAAAAGAGCUGCUUGAACGAACAAAUCUUGAGAAUUCUUCAUUCAUAAAGUUCAUACUUUCUUCAAACAUCUUUGAUGUCCAGCAGCUUCUCAACUCGAUGCUCAAAAAAUCAGUGUAUAUGAAGGACAAUGCGUUUAGAAAUCUGUGGAAAGUCAGUGUCACUCCUGUCAAAGUCACUACUAAUAUUCAUAAUGACUCAAUCAUAGGAGAUAUAGCCAAGAAGUUACUCAAAGGCAGUCAAGAGAUCAGUUUUGAGUUUAAUAAAUUCAGUUUGUAAUAUCUUUUUCUAUAA